AUGAUAGAAAACGAUAUCCCGUCCAUAAUGUCAGGAAUCCUUAGGAAUUCAGGGCAAAACCACCACCCUUCCCAGGAGUACAGGCUCUUAGCUUCUGAGUCCUCCCAGCUGAGCGAAGAUGACCUUCCCAGUGACUUACAGUCCUUGUCGUGGCUGACAUCUGUCGAUGUCCCUCGGUUACAACAGAUGGCCAGUGGAAGAAUGGAUUUUAGCCUUGGUACUCAGAGUACCAUGCUACAGCAGACAGGUCCUGUGGCAACCAACAUGCACUCAGCGGGAGCACCUGGAGCAAUGAUUCAUGUCCAGGCCAGUCUGCCACAGGGAAUCCUGGGACUCAAUUCUCUUUCAACACAUGGAUCAAAUAUGAGCCAGUAUGCUGUAGGUGGGCAGCCAUCUCCUGGUUUGCAAACACAGCAACAACUCUUUCCUCCUCCUCACUCACAGCAAGUGUUUGCCCUAGCACAGAACUCACCACAGUGUAACCCAGCAGCAAUCUACAACCCAUCCUAUGGGACUCAGCCUCACUAUUCCCAGCCACGCCUGGCUCCUCACUCUGCCCAAGAGCUGCAUCCAAAGCACUACCCCAAACCCAUCUAUUCCUACAGCUGUUUGAUUGCCAUGGCUCUGAAGAACAGCAAAACAGGCAGUCUCCCAGUCAGCGAGAUCUACAGCUUCAUGAAGGAGCACUUCCCUUACUUCAAGACAGCCCCUGAUGGCUGGAAGAACUCAGUGCGCCACAACCUCUCCCUGAACAAGUGUUUUGAGAAGGUGGAGAACAAGAUGAGCGGCACCUCACGGAAAGGCUGCCUCUGGGCUCUCAACCCUGCCAAGAUUGAGAAGAUGGAGGAAGAGAUGCAGAAGUGGAAGAGGAAGGAUUUGGCUGCUAUUCACAGGAGCAUGGCUAACCCAGAGGAGCUGGACAAGCUGAUCACUGACAGACCUGAGAGCUGCAGGCGGCCCAGCAAACAGGCAGAGCCCGAGGUGCCCCCCCUGAACCACCUGGCAGCAGCCCAGGGCCGCAUCUCCAUGUCACAGCUGCAGCCUCAGCCCAUCAUGACCCUCUCGCUGCAGUCCCUCCCCCUCCACCACCAGAUCCAGACUCAGGCUCGGCUCGCCCCGGACUCACCUGCACCUGCACAAACCCCUCCUCUCCAUACCCUGCCUGACAUGAGCCACAGCCCUCUGCCCCACCACCCCCUGGGACGUGCACCUCCAGAGUUCCUCAACGUGACAGCAGACAUGAACGCAGAGGUGGAUGCCCUUGACCCAAGCAUUAUGGAUUUUGCAUUGCAAGGUAACAUAUGGGAGGAAAUGAAAGAUGACAGCUUCAGCUUAGAUACUCUGGGUGCCUUCAGCAACUCCCCACUGCACCUCUCAGACUGUGACCUGGGCACCCCUGGCCUCACCCCUGUCUCCAGUGGCAGCGACCACUCCUUCUCAGACUUGCAGGUCACAGGCCUGUAUACCACCUACACAACACUGGACAACGUGGCAGCAGCUCAGUACCUGAACCAAGGCAACAAACCCAUCCCUCUGCUUUGAGCUCUGCACCUUCCCCUGGACCUCUGCCUCAAGGGCCAGCUUCUCCCAACUAUUACAGUCCAAACUGAAAGCAAGAAAAAAGCUCCUCCUGCAGACGCCUGCAGCCUGGUGGCUGUUGACUGGGACACAGCAUACUAAUGCCAAAAAGAAAUCAAGCUGUGGUGAGAAGAACCACUUUUACCUGUGGCAAGACUGAGGAAGGGGCACAGAUGCUUUGUGUGCAGGGCUGGUGAGAUCAGAGGAGGAUCUGGAAAGCUUCACUCGGCAGGAACUUCCACUAGAGCUUAGCUGAGCUGCAAAUAAUCAAGUUGAGAUAAAUAUUCAACACUGUGAUCUGGACUUUGGAGGGGAUGCUGCUUGGUGACCGCCUACACAGAAGCCAACACAACCCAACAGGCUGCUCAGCACCAAGCUGGAGCCCCAAAUAGUUGAUCAUGAACCUUCUAUGUCUAUUUUUCUUCAAUUGCCAAAUAACUGUUGCCAUUGAAGGUGGUUUCUGGAGACUCUUGCACCACUAACACUUCCCUGAUGUAACUCUUGUUAAUUUAUUGUUACGAGGUAAGAAAAGGGAGAAAAAAAACCCCAACACACCGAAAAAGAAAACUCCAACCCAGAGCAGACCUUUCCCCGUGGGGAGAAGUAGUUCCACAGACUGAACUGAUCACUGGCUAGAAGAUUUUAGGAAUUCUGUCUCUUUUUUUUAGGAUUUUAAAGAAGCUUAGAGGUGUUUCUAGUCCUGUAUCUGGUGCUUCUGUCUGUCUGUGUGCUAGAGGUAGGGGUACUGUCUGUAAAUUUAUUUAUAUUUAUUGUUAUGAAGAACAGUUCUGCAACCUGAGCUCCAGAGGCUGCAGUGAACCUGCUUUACACCCACUAAAUUAUUCACCAGGCCCCCACUUGCAUCACAUCAGCAGCCUGGCACUGCAUUUCCUUCAGAUAAGCACUUUGCAUACUGUGGAACUCCUGGCAGGGAGGUGGUUAAAACAAGUCAGAAAACAAAUAGUGUGACUGCUCCAGAAUGACUCGUGAGAGGCUUUCCUGCUUAAUUAACCAAGUCAAGAUGACUCUAAGGGGGCUUUUGACACUUCCAAGCCCUGCUUUGUACUUGAUGAUGAUAAAAUAGAUGCAGAU